AUGCACGUUGAGAAAUACAAGACAGCCAACAAUGGGGAUCUCCCAAAGGUCAUCCGCAAGACCGAGAGGUUGCCCUCAGUACGACUGAGUCCUCUACCACACACGACAACCCCCAUACUCCUCAUACCCGUCGAGAGUCCUCAGCGGAACGGCCCUGCCACCUCGAUGGGUAUUAAUCACUUGCUCGAGGAUCCAUGUAUAGGACUGGCUGCGGCAGCAAAUGGUCGCUUCAAAGACUCUUGGGAUGCAAUGACACGCCAGACGGUCGACCUCGAUGCGGAGGGACCCUUUUUCUUCAUUGGCCACGGUGCAGGAUCAACUCAUCUCAAAUACAUGCCACCUGAAUCAUUAUCCCCAGCAUGUGUGAAAGGCACUGCGGUGGCAUCGGUCUCGUGAGGAUGGUAGUAUAUCGCU